GGCGGCGCACACCCCCAGGGUUACGCAUCCAACGCCUCCUCCCUGCGCCACGAGGAUGGAGCAGCCACCCCGGCCCGGGACUGGCGCAAGGUACCCAAGCAAGGACAGGAAUAAUGAAGAGACACGUGUGUUAGUUGCAACCUUUUGAACCAAGCAAGAAAGAUAUCAACAGUGUGGACAGGGCUGGAACGGUUGCCACGCUUGCUUGUUGGAGUGAAUGAGGAAUGGGCUUGUGAUUAUGCUGACAAUCCAGCAUGAAUCUGGUAGACCUGUGGUUAACCCGUUCCCUCUCCAUGUGUCUCCUCCUACAAAGUUUUGUUCUUAUGAUACUGUGCUUUCAUUCUGCCAGUAUGUGUCCCAAGGGCUGUCUCUGUUCUUCCUCUGGGGGUUUAAAUGUCACCUGUAGCAAUGCAAAUCUCAAGGAAAUACCUAGAGAUCUUCCUCCUGAAACAGUCUUAUUGUACCUGGACUCCAAUCAGAUCACAUCUAUCCCCAACGAGAUUUUUAAGGACCUCCACCAACUGAGAGUUCUCAACUUGUCCAAAAAUGGCAUUGAGUUUAUCGAUGAGCAUGCCUUCAAAGGAGUAGCUGAAACUUUGCAGACUCUGGACUUGUCUGACAACCGGAUUCAAAGCGUGCACAAAAAUGCCUUCAAUAACCUGAAGGCCAGGGCCAGAAUUGCCAACAAUCCUUGGCACUGUGACUGUACGCUACAGCAAGUUCUGAGGAGCAUGGCAUCUAACCAUGAGACAGCCCACAAUGUGAUCUGUAAGACUUCUGUGUUGGAUGAACACGCCGGGAGACCAUUCCUCAAUGCUGCCAAUGAUGCUGACCUUUGUAACCUCCCUAAAAAGACUACUGAUUAUGCCAUGCUGGUCACCAUGUUUGGCUGGUUCACCAUGGUGAUCUCCUAUGUGGUGUAUUACGUGAGGCAAAAUCAGGAGGAUGCCCGAAGACACCUUGAAUACUUGAAAUCCCUGCCAAGCAGGCAGAAGAAAGCAGAUGAGCCCGAUGACAUUAGCACUGUGGUAUAGAGUCCAAGCAGCCUGGCACUGAGAAAGAAAUUUGUUGGCAAUUGCAAUAGAUUAAGUGGUUUACUUCUUCCAUCCAUUGUAAACAUUUAAAACUUUGUAUCUCCGUUUCUUUUGAAUUAUGCCACUGUUGAACUUUUAACAAACAUGAUGACAUAACAAAUCAUUCUAGUUUAGGUGACCCACCCCUUACUUGUACCCCCAGUGGUAUAUUCCUGAGUAAGCUACUAUCUGAACAUAACUUAGAUCCAUCUCACUAUUUAAUAACGAAAUUUAUUUUUUUAAUUUAAAACCAAAUAAAAGCUUAACUUUGAACCAUGGAAAACA